CCAACUAUAAAAAAAGGACACAAUUCUAAAGUGGUCCAACAAUAUUUAUUACUAGUAUCGGCCCUGAUCUGGAUCAUUGCAUCACUAAAGUAUUUACUACGGUCAGGACCAGAAAAGCUCCCGGGACACUGCACAGGUUCAAGUAAGACUCACGGUCGUAAAACUAAUCUUUUAUUAGGUUUGGGUCCAUGCAGAAAGAUGUCUCGGUCGCAAUAUACUGUCUUGACGGCGUAUUGAAACAGACUUUUUGUUCAGUUUCCCAAGUGUUUUCCUCAGGGGUGAUCGUGUGCAUUCGGGAGGCAAUCGUGGCGACGGUCACUUGACAUCGGAGCUGAAUCAGCACCGCGUUGACUCACUUGACUCUUCUCCACUGCAAGUGUACCAACAUACAAAAGCAGCGUUUUCAAACGACGACGUAAAGUAUGGACAGUAUGGAGUGCGUGGGCGUGUAAUGGUGACUAAUCCAAUUUGCGGUUUUAUUCUGGAUCUCGAGUUGUCGCUGCGCCCUUAAUCUCCGCGGCAAGAUCUGUCACGGUGUUUCUCACUGAUCCUUGUGACACUUUUCUUUUUUUUUGUUUCAUAGCGAGUAAACAUAUGGCAAGCUUCUCUUCCGCCCGUUCGUUAAAGCCUCAUUUGAAAAGCCCACCGCGAGGCAUCGAAACGCGGCCCUCGUGUUGAUUCCCCGAUGCCGUUUAGCUGAGCUACUCCUGAGCCGCCUCCAUCCAUUUACUCACUCGGGGAGGCUUGGCUUCCGUGUGUUGCCGUGGGAUACGCCUGUUGCCGAGCGCGAUGUCGGAGGACAUGCAGCUCUCCCUUGCCUUGUGCAGAAUUGGGCUUUACAGGUGUUUCCGGGCACUGUGCUGUAAAGGACCGCCACCGCCAAGACCGGAGUAUGAUGUGGUGUGCAUUGGCCUGACAGGUGCUGGAAAGACCAGCCUGCUGUCGCGCCUCUGCAGUGAAGGCGGCGACGGAAUCGUUCCCACCACAGGUUUUAGCAUCAAAGCAGUGCCAUUUCCCAAUGCCAUCUUGAAUGUUAAAGAACUUGGAGGAGCUGACAACAUCAAGAAAUAUUGGUGCCGCUACUACCAGGGGUCGCAGGGUGUCGUCUUCGUAUUGGACAGCGCUUCAUCAGACGAGGACCUUGAGGCGGCACGUAAUGAGCUGCACUCGGCCCUGCAGCACCCUCAGCUCUGCACGCUGCCUUUCCUCAUCCUCGCCAAUCACCAGGACAAGCCCGCUGCAAGGACGCCAAACCAGGUCAAGAAGUACUUUGAACUGGAGCCGCUGGCCCGGGGCAAGCGCUGGAUCCUGGAGGGCAGCAGCACGGACCACGUGGACGCCGUGAAGGAAAGCUUCGCCCAGUUCAUUAGUCUGCUGGAGGACAAAGACAUGCAGGGCGCCAGGAUAUGACGUCGGUAGUUAACGCCGAGAGACAUGAACGCCGGACGGCGACGCCGACACGUCUCGCCGAUGUGUGCGCACCGACGAAUCCACGCCACCCCCCCACCCCCACCCUCCCUCCUUCAGGACUACCUUCCAGGGGCCUUCAGAACCAUGUAGAACCUCGUUAUGAUGCUCCUCCUGCACCGUGUGUUGAGGUGGGCUUUGUAAUCUCUAGCUGCACCCCUGCUGACACACACACACACACACACGCACAUGCACGCCAAGUGACGCCCAGGUUGUCCGUCAGAUAACUUUAACUCUUCCACUAAUUACUUUUCAGGAUGUCUGAGUGGGAACCAUUGAUGUUGUUUCCACUUGACAUGUGACAAGUGUGUCAUGUACACAUGUUCCAUAUCAACGUGUGACGCCAUAUCUUAACCUGAGCCUCGUAGUGCUAUCACAUGGAGUCUGCUGUACAGUUUACCACACCAUCGGCACCCUGUGCACAGUAGCGCCGCUAAUCACUUGACUGGGCGAUGGCGCCCUACGUCUUCACUGCUUUUUAGUCAUGUGCAGCAAUAUGGCGCUUAAUGUCCAGAAUAAGUUUUGUAUUUUGUUUUUUUUUAAUACACAUCACACCACUUACAGGAAUUUGGGAAUUCUUCUCUCAAGCUAGUGACCAUACAAGUAUUAGGGGAUCACUCAAAAGAAGAAAAAAUAGCCCCCCCGCGACCCCCCCAAAAAAAUACCAGAAUAAAGAGAAAAAUCUGAUUAGUAAUUAAAAAUAAUCAGGUUAUUUAUUGAAAAAGUCAUCCAUUUCUGAGUCUUAUGUUGUAAUAUUAUGAGAAGAAAGUCAUAUGACUGAAAAAGUCCGAAUUAACAGGACUGAACACCAGACACUAUCGCGCCACCUCAGUAAAAAUCAAAUACAUUUUACGAGGAAAGUGUCCUUAUUUUGUCAAGAAUGUUAUAAUAUUACAGGGGAAGCCUUGGAAUACUAUGAGAAUGAAGUCACCAUUAGGAUGGCAGUUUUCCAAACAUAAAUUUUAAAUAUUAGGAUAAAGGAUAAAGUCAUGAUGAGGAUGAGCUCCUGAUUUUUCACAUAAUAUUGCAACUUUUACCCCUCCCAAAAAGCUGACGUUAAUCUGUUAUUAUAGUCUUCAUGACUACUUUUUUUUCCUUUUUAAUGUCCCUGUCUUACUUGUAUCAUAAUUGUGCAGGCUGGAUGUAAUGAAAAACGCACUCAAUGUGUUUCACGUCAGUAUUUUUGCCUCACCCGUUGAUUUUAUUGUUGGAAUCCUUCGUGGGCCGGCGUUGCCAUUGCGGCCCAAUACAAAGUCAAUCAAUCAGCCGCAGCAACAGCUGCAUGUGACAAGUCCCUGUCUGACACCCUAAUGCCUUCCAACUGUCUGUGAAGACCCCCCUCCGGCCCAGACCGGCCUAGAGCCCCCACACGCACAUGCCCGAGUGUCUUUGCGUUCCUUUUUUUUUUUUUUUUUUACCCCCCUCAGCUCUUCACAUCAUGUACCUGCCAUCCAUUCUGCAACAACAAACAACAGGACAACUUUCCCUCUUUGCUGUUGUCUUUUUUCCAUUUUUACUUCUUCAGUCUUGACUCGUUUUCUGUCUACGUCUAUUAAAUUUGUAAAGAUCGAAA